AGGUUUGGAACUGCUACAGCUCUUGUGUCCCCACCAAGUGGAAAGAAGACGUGUGCAUUACUGCACCACUUUAUCAACACACACAUCCUACCGCCUGCACAUUGUUGUUUUUUGUCCUUCAAUUGGCUCUACAUCUGGUUACCUAAAAUUUCCGUAAGUUUAUGCAGUGAAAAUAAAAAAAGCUGAUGCUAGUACCUAACAUUUCAAGGGUGCUGGAUGGUGUUGUAGUGUUGGUUUAUGUUAAUGGUGUAACUAAACCAAAAUUCUAAAUAUAUAUUUGUGGAGUUUUCAGAUGGAAAUCACGGCAGAAAAUGAAGCGGCCACUUCUUCUGCGCAGCAAUUUGCUUUCUCGGGUACCAUGUAUUUACAAAUCUGCUCACCAUGUUGGAGGACCUCAACACUGAUGAAGGAAAACCAAAAGAGGGAGGAUAUGUGUGGAUCAAACCCAGUCAUGAGGGGGAGUUUGACACUUUGGUUGGUGUCAAAGUGCUCUCAAUUUCUGGGAAAACAUUUAAAGUUGAAGAUGAUGAUCGUAAUCAAAUGAUCAUACCUGAGAGCAAAGUGGUGAAGCCAAUGCACGCCACCUCGGUGCGGAGCGUCGAGGACAUGAUCACGCUGGCGGACUUGCAGGAGUACACCAUCCUGAGGAACCUGCACUUCAGAUUCAACAAGGAUCUCAUUUACACCUACACUGGUUCUAUCUUGGUUGCUGUGAAUCCGUAUCAAGUGCUGCCUAUCUACUCGCCCGAACAAGUUAAUCUUUACAAAGACCGAAAGUUGGGCGAGCUGCCACCUCAUGUUUUUGCCAUAGGAGAUAACAGUUAUGGUGAUAUGAAGCGCUUUCAGAAAAACCAGUGCAUUGUAAUCAGCGGCGAGAGCGGAGCGGGCAAGACGGAGAGCACCAAACUGAUCCUGCAGUACCUGGCGGCCAUCAGCGGCAAGCACUCCUGGAUAGAGCAGCAGAUCCUCGAAGCCAACCCUAUCCUGGAAGCAUUUGGAAAUGCUAGGACUGUCCGAAAUGACAACUCAUCAAGGUUUGGAAAAUACGUUGAAAUCUAUUUCAAUGAUCACAAUUCCAUCGAAGGAGCAAAAAUCGAACAGUAUCUGUUGGAGAAAUCUCGCAUUGUGUCACAGAGCUCCGGUGAAAGAAACUACCACAUAUUUUAUUGCAUGUUGGCGGGACUGUCUGGUGAAGAGAGACGAGACCUGGCCCUUGAAGAUGCUUCCAAAUACCACUACUUGGUUCAAGGUAACAGUUUGACGUGUGAAGGAAGAGACGACGUAGCUGAUUUUGCUAAUAUCAGAUCCGCUAUGAAAGUUCUAGACUUCUCUCCGGAAGACACGUGGGACAUAUUCAAACUACUUGCAGCCAUGCUUCACCUGGGAAACACGAAGUACACAUCAACAGUGGUCUUCAACAUGGAUGCUUCAGAAAUACCUGACCAAGUUCAUAUUCAGAAGAUUGCUGCUAUGCUAGGAGUCACCAAAGAGUUACUAACCGACGCACUUACGAAGAAAACAAUAUUCGCUCAAGGAGAAAAAGUGGUGUCACAUCUGUCCAGUGCAAAAGCUUUAGAAGCCAGAGAUGCUUUUGUGAAAGGAAUCUAUGGCAGACUUUUUGUGUACAUCGUCAGUCAAGUAAAUUCCACCAUCUACAAAUCCAGUGCUGGGAUAAAAAAUUCUAUUGGAGUACUGGAUAUUUUUGGCUUUGAAAACUUUGAGACAAACAGCUUUGAACAGCUCUGCAUCAACUAUGCCAACGAGAAUCUCCAGCAGUUCUUCGUACAACACAUUUUCAAGCUCGAGCAAGAAGAAUACAAGCGCGAAGGCAUCAGCUGGCAGAACAUGGCUUUUGUCGACAACCAGGAUAUCCUCGAUAUGAUUGGGAUGAAACCUAUCAACAUCAUGGCGCUCAUUGACGAAGAAUCGCUGUUUCCUAAUGGCACUGAUAAGUCACUACUGAACAAAAUGAACUCAAGCCAUGGCAAAAAUAAGAACUACAAUGAGCCACGGUCAAAUGAAGACCAGUCGUUUGGUUUGAACCAUUUUGCGGGAGUAGUGAGUUAUGAUGUGAAGGAUUUCUUGGAAAAGAAUCGAGAUUCUUUCAGUGCGGACCUGAAGCAGCUGAUAUACAUAUCCAGCAACAAGUUUCUGAAGAACUUGUUUGCUGAUGACCUGGCUCAGGCCGAAAGCUCUAAGAAACGCAAUUACUCUCUAUCCCUGCAGUUCCGAAAGUCUCUGGAGUCGCUCAUGAAAACUUUGGGAAGCUGCCAUCCAUUCUUUGUUCGGUGCAUCAAACCAAAUCACUUCAAGAAACCAAAGGUGUUUGAUCGCAAUCUUUGCUGUCGUCAGCUUCGCUACUCGGGUAUGAUGGAGACAGCUAAAAUCAGACGAGCUGGCUUCCCAAUCCGACAUGGUUUCAAAGAGUUUGUAGACAGGUAUCGAAUGCUGGUGCCAGGAAUACCUCAUGCUUCUAAGACCGACUGCAAAGAGGCCUCGGCUAAAAUAUGUGCUGCCGUCCUUGGCAGUGGCAGUGCUGUUGCUGAAGUGUACCAACUGGGGAAGAGCAAGGUGUUCUUGAAAGAUGCUCACGACACUAUUUUGGAACAGCUGAGAGAGCGGGUACUGGCCAAAAGUAUACUCAUUCUGCAGAGGAGUAUAAAAACCUGGGUCUACAGGAGAAGGUUCCUGAAGCUGAGAGAAGCAGCGAUUGUAUUUCAGAAGCACUGGCGAGGUCGCGAGCCUCGCAAGCGCUUCCUAUGCAUCAGGAAAGGCUACCUUCGUCUCCAGGCACUCAUCCGGUCCCGUGUCCUCAGGAGCAAGUACCAGCAGUCGCAAGCGUACAUGGUCAAGUUCCAGGCCAUUUGCCGAGGAUACCUCAUACGGAAAGCAUAUAAGGAAAAAACUGAGUUCAAGAUGAAGAGACUACAGGAACUCAUGCUGUUGAGGAAGCAGGAGGAAGCUCAGUUGAAAAAGAUGGGGAACAAAAAUUAUAAGGCGGUUGCUGAAGAGAAUUACAGAAAACGCCUGAUUGAACUUCAGAAGGAAGUCCAUGACUCCGAACUCGGGGCAGAUGUGGAGUCUCUCGGAGAUGAUGACUACGUGCAGUUGGUGGACGACAUAUUCGGAGAUAUUAUAGAGAAGUCUCCGAGCACCCCCCAGACACCCACCAAGAUAAUAACUAAUGUUUUUGGAGAUUUAGGUGCCGCGAGACAACACUCCGAGGAAGUCAUACCGAUGCCCCGGUUCCCAGCUCCGGUCAAGGUGGACCUGUCUGAGUUCAACUUCCGCAAGUUCGCGAUGACGUACUUCCGUGGCAACAUCAACUUCCAGUACUCUCGUAGACCAAUCAGACACUCGCUGCUGGAACUCCCACACCCAGGAGAUCAACUGGCAGCGCGAGCUCUCUGGAUCACCAUAUUGAGGUUCAUGGGCGACAUGGCAGAACCUCGCUACGAGACUGAGAUCCCAGACAAAACACCAAUCAUGGCACAGGUGAACCAGACACUUGGCAAAACCCUGAGCAACAGGAAGGCUUUGGCAGAUGUCACAACACAACAGAAUGGCGUGAAUGCUAAAUCCCGCCGCAAGAUGAUCUCCAUGACUUUGAAGCGGACGGACAAACUGAAAGAAAAUGUUCGUCACGGACUCCUUCAAGAUGAUGCAUACUCCAAUUGGUUGGAGUCCAGAAGGACUACUAACUUGGAGAAACUUCACUUUAUCAUUGGCCAUGGUAUAUUGAGGCCUGAACUCAGGGAUGAAAUCUACUGCCAGAUCUGCAAGCAGCUCACCAACAACCCGACGAAAGCAUCAUACGCCCGUGGUUGGAUCCUCUUGUCUCUCUGUGUGGGCUGCUUCCCGCCGUCAGAGACGUUCGUGAACUACCUGAAGGAGUUCAUCCGAGAAGGCCCGGUGGGGUACGCUCCGUACUGCGAGGCGCGGCUCGAGCGCACUCUGGCCAACGGCACGCGGCUGCAGCCUCCCAGCUGGGUGGAGCUGCAGGCAACCAAAUACAAAAAUCCCAUUGAGAUUCCUGUGAUAUUCAUGGAUGGCUCUGUGAAGAAACUGACGGCAGAUUCAGCCACGACAGCCGCUGAGUUGACAGAACAGCUGUGCCAGAACAUCCAGCUCAAAGAUCAGUUUGGAUUCUCCUUGUUCAUCGCAUUGUUCGACAAGAAAUGCUUAGCUGUGAAGGUUUCGUCGCUGGGCAAUGGCCAGGAGCACGUGAUGGAUGCGAUAUCGCAGUGCGAGCAGUACGCCAAAGAGCAGGGCGCUCCCGAGAGGGCCGCCCCGUGGAAGAUGUACUUCCGCAAGGAGGUGUUCAGCCCCUGGCACGACCCCGCGGAGGACGCCGUGGCCACCAAUCUCAUCUACCACCAGGUGGUCCGAGGUGUCAAGUGUGGGGAGUACCGCUGCGACAAGGAAUCUGACAUAGCUAUGAUGGCCGCACAACAGUUUUACGUUGAGUACGGAUCAAGAUUUGACACAACUUUGAUCUCAAAUGUCUUGCCCAACUACAUUCCUGACCAGUUCCUGAAAAGUGGUGGAGAAUACGCAGUCAGUCGGUGGGAAAAGAGUGUAGUCGAGGCAUACAAAAAGUGUUACUAUGUGAAAGAAAAAACUUCAGACAUAAAGGCCAAAGAGGAUGUCGUGACGUAUGCAAAAAUCAAGUGGCCUCUGCUAUUCUCCAGAUUUUUUGAUGCACAGAGACUGUCUGGCACACAGCUCCCCACGAGCCACAUAAUUGUCGCAGUCAACUGGACAGGCGUGUAUUUUGUUAACGAUGAAGAAGAAGUCAUCCUUGAGCUGUCUUUCCCAGAAAUAUUGUCUGUCGUUUGUCACAAGUCAAACUUGGGAUUUGCUCACUCAUUCACUCUGUCAACAGUUCAAGGACACGAAUUUGUUCUUCAGUGUUCCACAGCUGAUGAGUUCCAAGAUCUCGUUAACUAUCUACUGAACGGCUUGAAGAAGCGGUCACAGUAUGUUGUCGCUAUGAAGGAUUACCAACCUCCAGGAGAAGGUGUAAAUCUGCUGACCCUGCAGAGAGGGGACCUGGUGGUUCUGGAUCCCGGCACGACCGGCGAGACCCUGAUGGCCUCUAGCUGGAGCGUCGGGACUGUCGAGAGGAACAGCCAGAGGGGUCAUUUCCCGUUGGAGACAGUCUACAUCCUGCCCUCUCUCUCCAGACCACACGACAAGAUACUGGAUGAGUUCAAAAAAGAAGGUGUGUUUGAUAAACAAAAGCCCCUCCCACAAGUCAGCGUGGUGAACACCAAACAAAGGUUGCAUACUCUGGAGAAUUAUGCUCGACAGAAUUUCAGAUCGAACCAAAAGACCUCGGCGUCGAGGCCGCAGACGUUGACCUCGGCCCGGCGCCUGUCCGCGGAAGAGCUGUGGAAGCACUCCCGGGAGCCGCUGAAGCUGCCGUUGCUCAGCAAGCUGCUGGCGCACGAGGAGCUGGCACAGGAGGCGUGUCGGGCGUUCACGGCCGUGCUCAAGUACAUGGGCGACCUGCCGACCAGGCAGGGCCGCGGCGGCGUCGAGCACACCGACCUCAUCUUCAGGGGACCCCUGAGGAACGACAUGCUCCGUGACGAGACCUACUGUCAGAUCAUGCGGCAGCUGACGGACAACAGGAACAAGCUGAGUGAGGAGAGAGGUUGGGAGCUGAUGUGGAUGGCUAGUGGGUUGUUUGCACCCAGCCAGAACCUGUUGAAGGAGCUGACGAUGUUUCUGAACACACGCACGAACCCGCUAUCGAAGCUCUCGGUGGAGCGGCUGCAGAGAACUCUGAGGAGCGGCCAGCGCAAGCAGCCCCCGCACCAGGUCGAGCUGGAAGCCAUCCAGCACCGGAUCAAGCACAUCUACCACAAGAUAUACUUCCCCAACGACACGGACGAGGCUUACGAGGUAAACUCGUCCACAAGAGCCAGAGAUCUUUGCACUGACAUCGUAGAGCACUUGAACCUGAGGUCAGGUGAAGGCUUCUGUUUGUUCAUCAAGAUACUCGACAAGAUUUUCUCGGUGCCUCACAAAGAAUUCUUCUUCGACUACGUGAGGGAGCUCUCUGAAUGGGUGAAGAAAACUCGGCCAGGAAGGAGUGCCGGGGGCACGGAAUACCAGAUCUUCUUCAUGAAGAAGUUGUGGGUGAAUGCAGCUCCGGGCCGAGACCGCAACGCAGAUCUCACUUUCCAUUUUCCACAAGAAGUCCCUAAGUAUCUCAGAGGCUACCAUAAAGUUGCCAAAACAGAAGCUGUUAAACUAGCAGGUCUUCUGUUCAGGACUAAAUUUGGUGACGUGAACGAGUCGCAGUCGAUUGUUCCACGCAUAUUGGAGGACCUGGUGCCUUCCAAUCUUGUAAAAUUGUACAGCAUCAAGGACUGGACAAAGCACAUCACAGCCAGCUACCAACAGCAGAUAGGUAUGACCUCAGAUGAAGCGAAAAUAGCUUUUCUCCAGCACAUCUAUGUAUGGCCAACUUUUGGUUCUGCUUUCUUCGAAGUAAAGCAAACAACGGAGUUUGCGUUCCCAGAAAUCAUCACUAUUGCAAUAAACUUGAAGGGGAUCAGCAUCAUUGAUCCAGGCACAAAGGAAAUCUUGGCUGUGCACCCGUUCACACACAUCUUCAACUGGUCCUCGGGCAACACAUUUUUCAACAUUCAGAUUGGAAACUUGGUGCAUGGCUCCAAACUGCUAUGCGAGACACCACUUGGCUACAAGAUGGACGACCUGCUCACGUCUUACAUCAAACUCCUGCAGUCGACCAUUAUUCGCUCAUCCUCUCAACAGUUAACGGAGUUGUGAGAUUAAAAAAAAAGUCAACUGUCUUGCUGAAAAAAAUUGCAGCUUUCAGUAAAGACUAACUUAGGGAUCAUGGAUAGAAAUGCCAUGCCUUUAAGAAAUUUCUGUUUUUUUUUAUUAACAUGUACAAAAAAUAUUUAUAUUUUUUUAUAUUUCUCUGUAAUAUUUUAAUAUUUUUAUCUCACUUAUGUGACUAAAAUGUAUUUUUUAUAUAACUUUAUGGAGCUUGUAAAAAUUUACAUUUAUAAAUUACAUAUUUCCUUACAAGGUAUUUUUAAAUCCCAAUGCAUAAUCCACUUCUAUUGUUACAUAUGGCAAGCCUUCAUAACUAGUUGUGAAGAGUACUGUAAUUGAGUGGUGAAUUAAAUAAAGUUAAAUUUCAGCUUAAGGUCAACAUUA